CACCCACCCACCCAGUCACCCUGAUGUGCAUGUGUGCGUCGUGUGUGUGGUGCAUAUGGGGCGGGAGCAUUCAUUCUCCGCUUUGUACGUAUUUAUCCGUUGACGCUCUUUCUGUUGCAUGUCCAUGUGUGUGUUUGGUAUGCAUGUGGGCGUGCACGUAUGUAUGUGUGGCAGGCACGUGUGUGUGUGUGUGUGUGUGAGAGAGAGAGAGAGAGAGCCUGCCUGCGCGUUCCCUCUCUCCCUGCCCGUUGCGUGUUCAUGUCCUCUUUACGCAGGACGACACGACUGGUGCCAAGUCAAUUGAUUCAUCUGAGAAGGCAAUGCCAUGGAUGUUUGACGGGGUGCCAACCGUGCGAAGGCGAUGAACAACGCGAACGAAAUUCAAUUCGCGCCGUACACUACAAAUCCAGAUCCGCACCUACACUGUACUGCAUACAGACUUUUCUGAUUUGUACGGGAAGACAGCCCCUUAGGGGCUUCCAAAUACUCAGCAACACUGCAGUGCAAUACUAUACUGGGUCUGGGGCCCCCGCGAUCGGCACCCGCUCCACCGAUAUUUGGGGGUCUCCUUUGUCUGCGUCAUGAGGGGUUUUUCUGAGCUCCUAUGCCUCAUCGGAUGCCUUACUAUCCUUCGAGUGCAAGCAAGCACAGAGUGCACGGCGGCUUGCAAAGAGGCAGUGCCGUACGCAAAGGAAAUGGACAAGGACGGAAAUGGGCUGCUGUGCUGGGAGGAGGUGCAGGACUAUCUGCAACGUAAGUCCCGAAUGGUGCAGCUUUGGCCUUUACUGUCGCUUUCCUUUAUUGUCGCUCCCUUAUUGCGCAGCCGCCGAGGACUUGGCGAAGACGGCCCACGUCCAGGAACUCAUUCGCCAAGUGGAAGUCAUGCUCAAGGAGACCGCCACGGCCGCCACAGUGGAGCAAGCCGACAUCUUGAUCAAGAAGUACGCGCAAAGUGUCGCCGUGCGAGCAGAGAGACACACUAAUUGAACGCUGCCUUAACUUCAGACCCAGUGCAAAGAAUCUGACGGAGGAGGCUGAGAAGGUGCUUGACGCUCCAGAGAUCAUGGAAUUGGUGGAUUCCGCAUCCGCUGUCUUGAAGAGACAGUCAGCGACCAAUUUGACAGUCGAAGUACGCAAGUACCUCCACGGUGAAAGCACGGGCCAAGACGUCGAGAACAGCUAUGACAUUCUCAUGGCGGAGGAAGCGGGCAAAAACCUUUCGUCCGCCUUCGAAGCCCUGAUCGACAGCGAGACGGUCGACAACUUUGUGAAAAUUGCCGAGGACAUCAUCGAGAACCCUUCGGCUGAGCUCGAGAACGCGACGCAGAGCCUGGAAAGCAAGGCUGACAAAGUCACGUAUGCGAACUCGACGGAUGCUGUCGGUGACGGCUGGGAACACGUCGUCAAAGAGGAGAAGAAACUGCGCACCGGCAUCUACAAGGAAAUAGAGGACCUCGGAAAUGAUCUAGAUAACGAGACUGCGGUCAGAGACGGUGUUCUGGUGGCAGACGAGCUUCUGACGAGGGAGAACAUCAACGACCUGAUCGAUCAUGCCAAGGGGCACCUGCGCGACAGCAGACUCAAGGACAAUAUCCUGCAGAAUUACUAUGGUACGCGGUCCGGACAUGAUCCUGCGGUAUCCUGCGGAUGACAUGAUCCUCCCUCUGUUCCUCGUCCUGCAGAGGACUUGAAGAAAGACGCUGCGAAUGCGCGCCUCCAAGACAGCAAGCCUGUGGGUGACUACGCCAAAAUCUAUUACGACGACAUCAAAAACAAGUAUAGUCUGGUGUCGGGGUGCCUUCUUGUGAGCGACGCAAUCAAGGGCCUUGGGUAGGCGGCGGAUGAAUCCGAUUUGGCUCCGACUACCUUUCGUGUGAUUGCAGCGCGACCACCUCCGAUUGCACGGACUGUCCCGACUUUCCUCUCUAUUCCAAGGAGGGCACGAAGGUGCAGACACAGAUACACAAAUACAGCAGUCAUUUGAGGGUCCGGGCUGAUGAUUGCAGCCAACGCCUCCUCCGCCUCGUGCGGACUGGGACGGGAUACAGAAAGGAUUUGACCAGGUAAGCAGGCUCAGAUCUCUGUGUGUGCUUACCUAAAGUGCCAUGUCUCUACUGCCAUCCUGUAUAUUCUAUCACAGUUUCGUGACCAGGGGGAGCACCUUCCCUCCGAGGCUGACGGGUGCAAGCAGGAGGCGGGAGUGCUCAAGUGCGAAGAGGCCACGGCACCAACCUUCGUCAAGCUGUCACCCAACUCUCCGGUGCAGAACGUGAAGGGUACCUCACAGCCGGAUGAGAUUAUCGGGAGUACAUCCGAUAACGAGCUCGACGGAGGAGAGGGCACUGAUAUUCUCAGUCGGUGACAGACACAGGCACUCAGAGCCGUCGAUUAAGAUAUCAUGCCUCUCUCUGUAUGUGUUCCCUGUCCGCCGGCUGAGCAGAUGGCGGCGGAGGCAAUGAUAAGCUUACCGGUAUGUGAUAGAGGAAUGGCGGCGAGCGUCGCCUGUUACGUGUCUGUGGGCACGUGUACACUGUUCAGGAGGAGCAGGCAAUGACCUGUUUGUGAUGAGCGACCUGCCAGGCACAUCCACGGUCACUGAAUUCACACAGCGCACCUGCGACCAAUCACAUAUCCUGUCAUGUGUUAAUUAGGUCACCGACUUCACCCCUGGCACGGACCAGCUUGACCUCCGCGGCUUCCAGAUCUCUGACCCUAAUGACCUGGAUUUCGCGGAAGGCAGUGUGAUCAUCAAGAUAGACGAGGAGCACCAGAUGGUCCUAGAGGGUGUCUCCCGUGAUCAGCUGUCACUUGGUGACUACAUGCUGGUGGCAGCGGACCCCACGGCCAGGUAGGCACACUUAGAUGCAGAUCGGCUCUCGCUUCUCUAAACUGCCAUGUGUCUGCUUAACCUGAUCUCAGCACACAGGCACCUGAAGAAUCGAAGGACAGUGGUGCACACGCACACCAGAGUGCUACAGAGGUGGCUGUGAUCACAGCAGCCACCUGGCUGCUCGCAGCCCACUACAUAGCUGCCUGACACGAUCUCAUCUUUGG